UGUGUGUGGGUAUGAGGCAAUGGAUGUAAAGAUGAUACAGAGCAAACCAUGAAGGUAUUUGCAUAUGUGCACAUAUAUAGAGAACGAAAGAGAGAUGGAAAGAGGCACAGAAGAAGAAAAUGACUGUCGUCCAGUAGCACAAGUUCUUAUUACUGGGAUUGUGAGCUUUAAUCUGAUCAGACAUGCUGGACUAAACCCGGACAUGCUGACAGGAGGAACACUCUAGAAACCAUGGCAGGUGUGGUCUUUGCAUUAUCCAGCCUGCUAUUAUUCCAGAGAGUCUCCUCUUGCCCCAAGGAGUGCUCAUGUGACACUCAUGCCAAAGUGGUGGAUUGCCGAGGACGAGGAUUAUAUGAUAUUCCACGUAAACUUCAUCAAGAUACCCUGGAGCUGUAUCUCCAAAAUAACCAUCUCCGAGGCCUAGGCUCCUUGUCCUUUCGAGAGACACCACAACUUCAAAUUCUGGACCUAGCAAAUAAUUCAAUCACAACGCUUUCCCCCAGUUCCCUUUUGGGACUUAGAAGCUUAAAGGUCCUCAGCCUGGCCAAUAACUCUAUUAGGGAAGUGGAUCGACACCUUCUGGUUUCAGUAAGAAAUCUAACCAUAUUGGACUUGUCCUUUAACACCAUAGGAGGUCUACCUGGAGCUCUUGCUGACAGUGUCCACUUUCUGACCCAUCUGUCACUCCAUUACAAUCGGCUAACUAAGCUGGACCGUAUACAUCUGGAGGCUCUUGGUAAUCUUAAAGUUCUGCAGCUGAAGGGCAAUCCUUGGAGAUGUGACUGUCAUCUGAUAGGACUCAAACUAUGGUUGGAGACAUUUGCCUUCAAAGGUGGAGUGGUCGACAGCGUCACAUGUGUCCAGCCUCAUCUUAUGCUGCAGCAGGACCUCCGGCACAUUUCCUACGAGCUUUUCCACUCCUGCAUGAUCACCAGCUACAGCUACCUGUUCACCAACAUCCAUUACCUGGACAAUAAGCAUCGCAUGCUCAGCGGACAGCUCCAUCCAAGCCCCAGAGCACCAUCCGGGAGUGAUUUCAGCCCCUCAGGAGAAGCGAUACUCCCUGAGUGUGAGGCCAAGCAGAGAUCCCGGCCUGUGAACUACAGACGCGCCAUAGCCACAGUGGUUAUCACGGGAGUGAUUUGUGGAAUUGUGUUUUUGAUGAUGUUGGCAGCAGCUGUCUACGGAUGUGCAUAUGCAGCAAUUAAUGCCAAGUAUCAAAGGGAGCUGAAGAAGAAAGCAAAAGAGGCGGGUUCAGGAGACAAGCGGAAAAACAUUGAAAGAGAGAAGGACAAGGAACCUCUGGAGUGACGCGAAGAUCGGCAUCACAUGAUGCACAUGAGCACAAAUACACACCAAGGAUACACUUCAGAUUAUCCACAUACUGUUGUGUAUCUACAAAGUUCCUUUUAAUGCAAGUCAGUGUACUUGGCAGCCAUAUUGGCAAUGCCCCUGGGGCAGCUAUUUUCUAAUUAUGCAGAUACAGAUCCUACCUGAAAGGGGAAAGACGUAAAUCUCCAAAACUGUCCAUCAAGAUUUCGUUUCAAUAGCACGUUUUCAUUUUAUUUUAUUUUAUUUAUUUUUUUAUUUUUUUAUUUUAGCUUCACCUCUUAAGAC